GCACCCGUGUGAGUGAAGUGGGCGGGGCUUGUUCGCGCAGCACAGAGCGGUUGACUCUCAGACGCUCACAGAAGUGUAGGUGAGCACGAGGACAGCGCUGAGUGUUUGGCUACAGCUGCAUUGUUUGUACAUUAUGACCCGUAGAAAGAUGACAGGUUCCUCCUGAUGAGUGGAGCUGCAACAUUAGACUGUUGUGUCCAAAGUUGUGGUGGGGACACCGAUGGUCUGUGCAGCCCACACCUACUCCCACUUCUCUCCUGCUCUUUCUCCUUAUCCCUCUCCUCCCCUUUCCCUGACUCCCCUCCCCUUCUUUCAUGUAUUCCCAGUCCCAGGCUUAUUGCUCAGAACAAGUGAAGGGAGAAACUCCGGAGCUGGCAGAGGAUGAAGGGGGACGGCCUGCCAACACCAGACAGAGGAUAGGAGACACUAAAAUGGCCAGCAAAGGGGUGAGGGAGUGAGAAGAAGACUAGAGCAGGGGAGGACGAUACAACUGUGGGGGGAAAAAAAACUACUACGCUCAAGAUGCCACGCCUAAAGAACAGACACCAGUUUCACUUGAGUGUCAGUAACUAGUUGGGCAUCACUCACUGACCUGGAACUGUGGAUUUUUAAAAAUAAACUAUCAACUCAAGUUCACGUCAAAAGUUGCUAGGACGCAUAAUCCGGUUUUUUUGGGGCUCCUUGUUGCGACCGGCUAUGCCUGCGUGAGAAGAGUGAACUAUGCCAGCGAAGGGGAAGUACCUGCUGAAUGAACAGGAGCUGAAAAAUGAGGCAUUGUAUCGCAAGUUCUCCUGCAUCAGCCAGUAUCAGCCGCUGGUGCUCCUGCUGGGUCUGUCCAUGCUCGCCUGUGGCAUCCUGCUCAUCCUCUUCUUUGCCCUCGGACUGAGCGCGCAGGAACACUGUGCCUUUGUGAGCGUGGUGAGUGGCGGCCUGUUUGUGUUCCUGGCUGUGUUUGUGCUGGUGUGCACAGAGAUACUUUCUCAGCGAUGGAGACGUCCACUGGGUCUGAUUGUCUGGGCCACACACAUCACCAUGGGCUCCACAUUCAUCUUCUGCAGCCCCAUCAUCCUGCCUUGGGACCAGGUGCCUUACUUCCUCUUCAUCAUCUUCACUGUGUACACCAUGCUGCCAUUCCAGCUGUGGUAUGCUGUGGUGCUGAGCGUUCUCUCCUCCCUCUCCCACAUUAUUGCCCUGACAGUGUAUCUCACCAUUAACAACAGUCUGCCCAUCCCCUACCUUGCUAACCAGCUUCUGUCCAACGUGGUGGUGUUUCUGUGUGGCUGUGUGGUGGGAGCCUUCCACAAGGUUCUCAUGGAGAAAACGCUGAGGCAGACGUUCCAGGACACCCUGAGGUGCCUGCGCAUGAGGAUGAAACUGGAGAUAGAAAAAAGACAACAGGAGAACCUGUUGCAGUCUGUGCUGCCGGUCUACAUCUCCAUGAAGAUGAAGCUGGCCAUCAUGGAACGUCUGCAAGACUGUAAAGAUAAAGCAGAGCAACAACGUCUGGUCAAAGAUAACAACUUCCACAGCCUGUAUGUCAAGAGGCAUGAGAACGUCAGUAUUCUCUACGCUGACAUCGUUGGCUUCACCCGAUUGGCCAGCGACUGUUCUCCCAAAGAGCUUGUCAUCAUGCUCAAUGAGCUAUUUGGAAAAUUUGACCAAAUUGCUAAGGAGAAUGAAUGCAUGAGAAUCAAGAUCCUCGGAGACUGUUAUUACUGUGUGUCAGGGCUGCCCGUCUCUCUGCCCAAUCACGCCAAGAACUGUGUCAAAAUGGGCCUGGACAUGUGUGAAGCCAUCAAGCAGGUGCGUGAGGCCACGCGAGUGUAUAUCAACAUGAGGGUCGGGGUGCAUUCAGGAAAUGUGCUGUGCGGUGUCAUCGGGCUUCGCAAAUGGCAGUUUGACGUGUGGUCACAUGAUGUGACUCUGGCCAAUCACAUGGAGUCUGGAGGCCUCCCAGGACGUGUCCACAUCACAGAAGCCACUCUGAAGCACUUGAACAAGGCUUAUGAGGUGGAAGAGGGCAACGGUCACACCAGGGACCCUUACCUGAAAGAGCUCAAUGUCAACACGUAUCUGGUCAUUGAUCCUCGGUCUAAGGAUCCGUCCCUGAACACCCGCAGUGCACCUAAGCCUCGGGUCAAUGAUGGUCUGAAGAUGAGGGCGUCUGUGCGUAUGACCCGUUACCUUGAAUCCUGGGGCGCCGUCAAACCCUUUGCCCACCUCCAGAGCCCAGAGGGUUUUACCACAGAUACCAUUGGCAAUGGCAAGCCGCACUGUAAGGACAUUCCCCUACGAUCAGCCCCCGGCUUCAAACACACUGACAGCCUUGACGAUUCUCUAGAGGAACCGUCCUCACGGCCUGUACCUCCAUUCAGCAGCAGCUAUAAGAACAAAUCCCAGAAGAGUAAGUUCGACGAAGACCUGCACAACGAGAUGACCACGACCAUUGAUGAGCUCGGCAGCAAGCAGUGGUCGAAAUCAGAGGAAAGUGUCCGCUUUGCUCUGUGGUUUCCAAAGAAAGAUCUAGAAAAACAGUACCGAGCCCUGGAUCUGCCCAUGUUCAGACACUAUGUGGGCUGUGCCACCUGCAUCUUUCUCUGCAUCUUUGUGGUGCAGAUGUUUGUCACAAAGGACCGAAAUAUGCUGGGAAUAUCAUUCGGAGUGUUGGUCUGUGUGCUGUUGCUGACUCUGGCCAUCUGUUUUGCAGGUCAAUUACAGCGCCUCUUCCCAGCGAAGCUGUCCAGUUGCCAGUGGCUACCAGCUGUGUCAGAGGCUGUGGUGAAGCGGCCGUGUGUGCGCCUCCCUCUGGCCACCAUAACUACAGUGGUCAUUAUUAUCUUGGCAGUGUUCAACCUGUGCUUCAUCCAGACUCCUGUGAAGGACUUUUCUGACCUAUGUCACUCAAAUAACUCGUCUCAUGAGGGACUGGAUGGUGGUCUCUUUUAUUUACCAUACUCUGUGUACUGCUGCAUUCUGUCACUAAUUGCAUGUGGAGUGUUCCUGCGCGUGAGCUUCGAGCUCAAGGUUCUCUUCCUCACCCUGGCCUCCACCACCUACUACAUCCUCAUCCUCAGCACCAAGAGCCAGCUCUUCAUGAUCUAUGGAAACGUCCUCUACUCUCAGGCCAACAUGAGCUGGAACUGCAGCAGCACGGAUGACGAGUCCAUCCUGAGGUGGAUAGGUCUGGUGAAACACCCUCAGCUGAUGAGCUGUAUAUACAUCACACUCUUCCUGGUGACCAUGCUGAUCAUCUCACAGCAGAAUGAGUCCUGCUUCCGACAGGAUUUCUUAUUAAAGUAUAAGAACCACACGGAGCAGGAUGAGAUCGAGACCAGGGAGAACCUGAACCGGCUGCUGCUGGAGAACGUGCUGCCCGCACACGUGGCUAAUUUGUUUGUGGGUGAGCAUAAAAAGAAUGAGGACCUUUAUUACCAGUCGUACAACUGCGUGUGUGUGAUGUUUGCCUCGGUGCCAGACUUCAAGGAGUUUUACACAGAGUGUGAUAUCAACAAGGAAGGCCUGGAGUGUCUGAGGCUGCUCAAUGAGAUCAUCGCAGACUUUGACGAGCUGCUGUCAAAGCCAAAGUUCAGUGGUGUGGAGAAGAUCAAGACCAUCGGCAGCACCUACAUGGCUGCUGCUGGGCUGAGUGGAACACUGGUGCAGGAGAACAACCAGAUUCAGGACAUUGAGAAGCAGCCGGCUCAGAUUGGGAACAUGGUGGAGUUUGCCAUCGCUCUCAUUGGUAAACUGGACGGCAUCAACAGACACUCCUUCAACAGCUUCAGGCUGCGUGUGGGCAUCAAUCAUGGCCCAGUGAUAGCUGGAGUGAUCGGGGCCAGGAAACCUCAGUACGACAUCUGGGGCAACACAGUGAACGUGGCCAGCAGAAUGGAGAGCACCGGAGAGCUUGGAAAGAUCCAGGUCACAGAGGAGACGUCAGCCGUGCUGACGAAGCUAGGAUACUCCUGUGAGUGUCGAGGAUUUAUCAAUGUCAAAGGGAAAGGUGAGCUCAAAACUUUCUUUGUUUGCACCGACAUGAGCAAGCAGCAGGGAAUGUGUCUGAGCUGAGGCCCCGCAGCCUCGGCCAAGAGUCAAAUAGUUUACACACUCCUGCAGCAGCAGCAGAGCCGGUGUUGACACAGGAGCAAACGCUGCUGCAGCUGCAGUGACUGUGACUGUGCCGAGUGGGAAGUACUAAGGAACCCGCUGCACCACAGUGUGCCGGCUGUAUCUCUGGACUCCGUCUGCUCUGGAACCUUGGGUUCGUCCGUUCCUUUUGCACUGCAUGUUUACAAGAUACAGAAAUGCACACUGUACUGAUGAUAGGGAGGACAUCUUUGGACCCUUAACAACUAAAACAAUGGACCCCGUUUUGACCAUAUUCUUGGAGCCAUGGGAUUUGCUGUUUGAGAAGGGAAGGGCUCUGCUGUUACUAUGGGGUGUGCAGGGGCUACAGUUUGUGGCUGAAACAAGCUGCACAUUUGGAUUCUGCAAGAACGUCAAGUUUCAUUCUGCUGCAUAUCCUCCAGCUUCUACAUCUUCAGCAUCUUUGAUUCUUAAACUACUCUUUUACAUGAAGUUCUCUGAGAUUCCAGCUCCGACACAAAACAGUUUGAAGAGGACAAAGUCAAAUCCACUUGCUGUGUGUACUCUGCUGAAAUAUGAAAUCCAUUUACUCUGUUGCUGCCUGCCUGCCUGUGUGUGAGCUUCACCUAUUCAAGGAGGGUCACCUGACCAACCCUGCAUCACACACUCACAUGUGCCUUGUCUUCUCAGACCAUCAUCUUCUCUGUAAUUGUGGUUACAUAUUAAUGAUAAUAAAUAUGAUAAUGUAUUGACCUUAAUGUGACAAAAAAAUGUAAAAUUGGAUUUUGUA